CACACGCUAGUUAAGUGACAGGGCGCUAAUAGGAAACGAAAGUAAAGCUGAUUUUUCUUGUGUGACAUAAGAGAGCGGGACACUUCUCUGAGCAUGCUCGUCUGUGACAUCUGCACCCAGGAGGUGGCCUCUGAGGCAGACAUGAAGAGCCAUCUGCAGCUUGAACACAUUGAGCAGGAAGCAUCUUGUCCUGUCUGUACCAUUGGUGGACUAACUUAUGAUGAACUGAAUCUCCAUAUGCUCACAGCUCAUGUUGACAUUGACGGUUCCUUGGAUGCUGAUCAUGUCAACAGUAAGCCAUACUGUAUUUCAACCAAGGGAAUAUAUGAUUCAUCCAACUCAGGAAAAUGUGCUGACCCACCAUCUGAUUGUAGAAGACAGUAUCUACUCAUGGACAAGGGCACCCCAAAUAACCAACACUCAGGAUUUGUACAGUCAGAUGGUAUUGUCAGGGAUCCACACUGUGUUAACAUCUCUGAUAAAACCAACUUGUGUUUUAAUGCUGCAUCUUCUUGCUUCUCAUCUGGUUUAUCUAGAGAUUCUUGUGGGCAAAGCAGCUCUCAAAAUCAAUACAAUAACUGUGAACCUUCUCCUUGUGAAAUUGGCACUUUACUGGACUGUCCUUUUUGUUGUGAAGUUCAAAUCUCUGUUGAAGCUCUUGAAGAACAUGUCCAAACGGAACACACUGAGCUCCUGGAAACACCCACCAAAGAUACCCAACGACAAUUUGAAUGCCCCAUGUGUUCCUUGAUUUGCGCAAAUUGCAAGAUUCUAGAAGAACACGUAAACCUGCAUUUAGAGGAAAACCCAUACAAUGAAGUGGCUUCAUCCAAGAGCUCUGUGGAUUUAAAUUUAGCCAUACAGCUCCAGGAAGAGGAAGAUAAAAGAAGAAGAGUUGAAGAAUCACAAAGAGAGGAGGAGGAAUUUAAAAAACUACAGAGACAAUUUGGUUUGGACAAUUCCGGAGGCUACAAGCAACAGUCCCUACAAAAUAUGGAAAAGGCAGUAGCAAGGGGAAGAAUGCAGCCCAUUGAUUUUCAUAUACAGAAAGCACAAAUGAUGGAGUCUUUAGCUACUGGUAUAGAUGAUGGAAGAACAAAGACAUCAGGUGUUUUGGAAGCUUUGCUCAGGUAUUAUCGCAGUAAUGCUGCGGAAGUAAACCGUGUUUGGCUUAGUUCACCAUUAGAUCACUUUAGCGCCUCUACAGGGGACAAAGGAUGGGGAUGCGGAUUCAGAAAUAUACAAAUGUUGCUUUCUUCACUUUUGUUGGAUGACACGUAUAAAAGCCAAUUGCAAGAAUGUAGAUCCGUUCCUUGCAUUCCAAAACUCCAGUCUAUGAUUGAAGGUGCCUGGAAGGAAGGAUUUGAUCCUCAAGGUGCAUCACAUUUUAAUGGGAAAUUACGUGGUACCAAGGCUUGGAUUGGAGCAUGCGAAGUGUAUUGCUUACUCACGUCCUUACAUUUGAA